CACAUCCGGGACUUUGGUCAUUUCGUGUAAGUGCAGAUGAUAGAUCUCUGAGGAAGUAUGAUAUGAAAUUUAGGAUUAAAAAUGGAUAUUGACCCAUGUAAAGAUACCCGAAGGGGAUUCCUGACAGAAACCGCCGUAUUUGUCUUGAUACGUCUUUAAAUGGCGUGUUUAAUAUAAGUAGUAGGCGGAGCCGCGAAGCUCGCGAGCUCAGGACAGGCUCGAGCACCUCAGUCGAGCGGAGGAGAGCGAGCACGGGAUGCGCGGAUUAUCCCACUACACUGGAUUUGACCUCAGCAUCACUCCAUCCGCGCUCCAUCACUCACAAUGUGGAUUUAACGUUUUUUCGAAAAAUAUUCUUGAAUAAAUCGGAUUCUCUAUCGGUGGAGUACAGUCUUCAUCAUAUAAGAUCAGGCAAAAAGGCCCAAUGUGGCCAUUAUCAUGUGGCGAUAUAAUAGAAUCAGAACCAAUAUGGAGCAUCUCUGUAUUAAUCCAGGAAGUCGACUCAAGGGAGCAUCAUCUGUAAAGCCUCUCUAAUAGAUAAAGUGAAGGUGAGCAGUUGUCCAAUUCUAAUCUGAAGGCUGUUCGGUCUGUUUGGAAUUCAUCCUGGUACCCCUGAACAGGAUUUGGGAUAGCAUGUGUCAAGAGCCUCAGUGGCUUCAUUUUCUUUGCCCAUAUGGUUAUCACCUAAAGGAUUUGAUGUUUCUUCAGUGACCUUCAUGUAAUUUGCCAGAAAAUAUAACUGAGGAAUUUUAUUUUGUUCACUACAAGAGGAUCCCUUGUAGCAUAAUUACUGGUUACCAUGCCUCCCCUUUGCCGGCCUCAUUGUGUAGUAUUGCUGCUCAGCACCUUCUUUAGUCUUGGUUUGGGCCUGGAAUUCACAGGCUUAGAGGGUCAGUGGGCACGUUACCUUCGCUGGGACGCCAGCACCAGAAGUGACCUCAGCUUUCAAUUCAAAACAGCUAUAUCAGACGCUCUGGUUCUCUACUUUGACGAUGGAGGAUAUUGUGACUUCCUGCUCCUGGGUAUUGAGGAAGGCAAGCUAAAGUUGCAUUUUAGCGUGGACUGUGCAGAAACCACUAUAACCUCCGGCAAAAUGGUAAACGACAGUCGCUGGCACUUUGCUACCAUCAGCAGGCACAACUUGCGAACAGCAUUGGUACUGGAUGGAGAAUCCCAGAUGGAUGAAGUGAGACCACAGAGGCAGUUUAUGAAGAUUGUCAGUGACCUGUAUCUCGGAGGUGUGCCUCAAGACAUUCGGACAACUGCCCUAACACUACCAGCGGUUAAGGAGAUGCCACCGUUUAAGGGGAUUAUUACAGACCUGGGUUAUGGGAAUCAGGUUCCAACACGCCUGGGAAGCCAAAAGGUCCGGUUAGAGAUGGAAGGCUUGUGUACGGAGAACCCCUGUGAAAAUGGAGGCAUUUGCAGCAUGGCUGACGGUGAAGCUUACUGUGACUGCUCCAAAACAGGAUAUGUAGGUCGUUACUGCAAUGAAGCUGUCAACAAAACUCCCGGGUUCGCGCAUAUGGUGAAGUCUCCACAAGGCAGAAACAAAGCACGCGAGGAGAAUGUGGCGACUUUCCGGGGUUCAGAAUACUUCUGCUAUGACUUGUCACAGAAUCCCAUCCAGAGUAGCAGUGAUGAGAUCACUCUGUCCUUCAAAACUUGGCAACGCAACGGUCUCAUCCUCCACACGGGCAAGUCAGCUGACUAUGUUAACCUAGCGCUGAAGGACGGCGCCGUUUCAUUGGUCAUCAACCUGGGCUCAGGGGCCUUCGAGGCUAUCGUUGAGCCUGUCAAUGGAAAGUUCAAUGACAACGCCUGGCAUGACAUCAAAGUGACACGCAACCUGAGACAGCACUCAGGCAUUGGACACGCUAUGGUUACUAUAUCAGUGGAUGGUAUACUGACCACCACAGGAUACACUCAGGAGGAUUACACUAUGCUGGGCUCAGAUGAUUUCUUCUAUGUGGGGGGAAGCCCAAGCACCGCCGACUUGCCUGGAUCUCCCGUCAGCAAUAAUUUCAUGGGCUGCCUGAAAGAGGUGGUCUACAAAAACAACGACAUACGACUGGAACUCUCUCGUCUGGCCCGCAUUGCAGACCCUAAAAUGAAGCUACAAGGGGAUGUGGUGUUUAAAUGUGAGAAUGUCCCCACCUUAGACCCCAUCUCCUUUGAGACGCCAGAAUCCUUCCUCGGCCUGCCCAAGUGGAACACAAAGCGUGUGGGGUCUAUUUCCUUUGACUUUCGCACCUCAGAGCCCAAUGGACUAAUCCUCUUCACACAAGGUAAGCCCCAGGACAAGAAGGAUUCUCGUAGCCAGAGGAGCAACAAAGUGGACUUCUUCGCUGUGGAACUUCUAGAUGGAAAUCUUUAUCUUCUGCUUGACAUGGGAUCAGGAACGAUUAAAGUCAAAGCCACGCAGAGUAAGGUCAAUGACGGAGUUUGGCACCACGUGGACAUUCAGAGAGAUGGAAGAUCUGGUAUCAUCUCUGUGAACAGCCGUCGGACUCCAUUCACCGCAAGCGGAGAGAAUGAGAUUCUAGACCUGGAGGGUGACCUGUAUCUUGGAGGUCUCCCAGACAACCGUGUUGGCCUGGUUCUUCCCACCGAACUGUGGACCGCUAUGCUGAACUAUGGCUAUGUGGGCUGCAUCCGUGAUCUCUUCAUAGAUGGACGCAGUAAAGACAUUCGUCAGAUUGCAGAGGCCCAGAACGGAGUCGGAAUCAAGUCGUCCUGCAGCAAAGUAACAGGCAAACAGUGCGACAGCAACCCCUGCAAAAACAACGGAAUCUGCAAAGAGGGCUGGAAUCGCUUCAUCUGUGACUGCACCGGAACCGGAUACUGGGAGCGAACCUGUGAGAGAGAGGCAUCUAUCCUAAGCUAUGAUGGCAGUAUGUAUAUGAAGGUGGUGAUGCCGACGGUAAUACAUACAGAAGCAGAGGAUGUGUCUCUGCGGUUUAUGUCGCAGCGUGCCUUUGGCCUGUUGAUGGCUGCCACAUCACGUGAGUCCGCAGACACACUACGACUAGAGCUGGACAGCGGCCGUGUCAAACUAACCGUCAAUUUAGACUGUGGCAGGAUAAACUGUAACACCAGUAAAGGACCAGAGACAUUGUAUGCUGGCCAGAAAGUGAACGACAAUGAUUGGCACUCGGUCAGAGUGAUGCGCCGUGGUAAAAACCUCAGACUCAUGGUGGAUGAUGAUGUGGCAGAAGGUCAGAUGAAUGGUGACCACACUCGGCUGGAGUUCAGUAACAUUGAGACCGGAAUUCUGACAGAACGGCGCUUUGCCUCUACGGCUCCAUCCAACUUCAUUGGUCACUUGCAAGGACUGAAAUUCAACGGCCUCCUCUACAUUGACAUGUGCAAGAAUGGGGACAUCGAAUUCUGUGAGCUAAAUGCUCGUUUCGGCAUGCGUUCCAUCGUGGCCGAUCCUGUUACCUUCAAGACCAAAGGAAGCUAUCUGGGUCUUGCUACGCUCCAGGCAUAUAGCACCAUGCACCUCUUCUUUCAGUUCAAAACCACCUCGGGUGACGGAUUCAUUCUCUUCAACAGUGGAGAUGGGAAUGAUUUUAUUGCAGUGGAGCUUGUCAAAGGGUAUAUCCACUAUGUGUUUGACUUGGGAAAUGGGCCGAGUCUUCUGAAGGGGAACAGCGACAGUCCUCUUAACGACAACCAGUGGCACAAUGUGGUGAUCACUCGAGAUGCCAGCAACACACACACGUUAAAGGUGGAUGCCAAGUCUGUCAGCCAGGUGGUCAACGGAGCAAAAAAUCUGGACCUGAAAGGUGAUCUGUUUGUGGCUGGUUUGGGGCCCAACAUGUACCAGAACCUGCCAAAGCUGGUGGUGUCUCGUGAGGGUUUCCAGGGCUGUUUAGCUUCCAUGGAUCUCAACGGCCGUCUGCCUGACCUCAUCAAUGAUGCUUUGUUUCGCAGCGGGCAGAUCGAACGUGGUUGCGAAGUUGGUUUCACCAAAGCUGACCUGCAAGGGCCCAGCACUACAUGCCAGGAGGAUUCAUGCGCCAACAUGGGCGUGUGCAUCCAGCAGUGGGAAAACUUCACCUGCGACUGCUCUAUGACCUCUUACUCUGGCACCCAGUGCAACGAUCCUGGAGCAACGUACAUCUUUGGAAAGGGUGGAGGACUUAUCACGUACACAUGGCCCAAUAAUGAGAGGCCCAGCACUCGAACCGAUAGAUUGGCGGUUGGCUUCAGCACCACUAUCAAGGACGGGAUUCUGGUCCGCAUUGACAGCGCCCCCAGACUAGGAGACUACAUCAUGCUCCAUAUCGAAGAAGGCAAGGUGGGUGUAACGUUCAACAUCGGUACAGUGGACAUCAGUGUCAAAGAGAUGACUACAGAAGUCAACGAUGGAAAAUAUCAUGUGGUGCGCUUCACAAGGAAUGGGGGAAACGCCACCUUACAGGUGGACAACUGGCCGAUCAACGAACACUUUCCAUCAGGCAACAGCGACAUUGAGCGUUAUCAAAUGGCUAAUAAGAAAAUCCCGUUCAAAUAUACCCGGCCGGUCGAAGAUUGGCUACAUGAGAAAGGUCGUCAGCUGACCAUUUUUAACACCCAAGCCACCAUCUCAAUAGGCGGUAAUGACCGCAAGCGGCCAUAUCAAGGCCAGCUCUCUGGUCUCUAUUAUAAUGGCCUGAAGGUUCUCAACAUGGCAGCUGAAGGUCAUGUUAACAUCAAGAUAAAUGGCAGUGUGAGACUGGUAGGCGAUGUACCUACCAGCAGAAGCCCCUCACGCACCACCACCUCCAUGCCCCCGGAGAUGUCCACCACCUUCAUUGAGACCACCACCACACUGUCAACCACCACUACCCGCAAGCAGCGCUCACCACCCACCAUUCAGCAGACAACGGAUGACAUUGUGUCCUCCGCAGAAUGUUCCAGCGAUGACGAGGAUCUGGAGGAGUGUGACGGGGGACACACAGGAGGGGAGUUAGUCAUCCCUGUUCUAGUUGAGGAUCCCAUAGACAUCCCCCCUAUUUCCACUCGAGCCCCUUUCAUCCCCCUUCCCCCGACCCUUCACCCCGUCCUCACCAUUAUUAAGACCACCAAAGAGUCCCUGUCAAUUGCCACCGAGGCGGGGGUACCUUGCUUGUCGGACCAAGGCAGCGAUGAUUGUGAUGAUGAUGAUGAUGAUGAUGAUGGUGAUGAUGAUGAUGGUGAUGGCUUGGUGAUAUCGGGGUUUGGCUCUGGGGAGGCCUUCGACUCUAGCCUCCCCCCUACUGACGAUGAAGAUUUUUACACCACCUUCUCCCUGGUAACAGAUAAGAUCUUGACCACGUCGACUUACGAAGGUGGCUACAAAGCUCUCGCACCCAAGUGGGAAGUAAAGGACUUUAAACCUAGCAAGGCCUCUGAGGUGGGCAGGACUACGGCCAUCCCGCCUCUGCCUGACCUCAGGAGCUCAGCAGUGUCACCCGUCACACCCGAGACCGCUCCUAAAAUCCCAGCCGGGAAAAUGAACAACCGUGAGAUCAAACCCCAACCGGACAUAGUGCUGCUACCACUCCCCACAUCUUUCGACAUGGACGGCACCAAACCAAGGGGGCCGUACAUCACCCAGCCCAUGUUGCGCACCAUCCCCAGUGCCCUGCCCACCCAGCCAGGUAUCAGGAGAGUGCCCCCUGGUGCCUCAGAGGUAAUACGUGAGUCCAGCAGCACCACGGGCAUGGUGGUUGGUAUUGUCUCUGCUGCCGCCCUAUGCAUCCUCAUCCUUCUCUAUGCCAUGUACAAAUACAGGAACAGGGACGAGGGCUCCUAUCAGGUAGAUGAAACACGGAACUACAUUAGCAAUUCGGCACAGAAUAAUGGCACGGUAGUAAAAGACAAGCAGUCCAGCACUAAGAGUGCCAGCAACAAGAGACCCAAAGACAAGGACAAGGAAUACUAUGUUUAAAACAAAAUCCAAAUGACAAAAAACAGAGACAGAACAACAUCUGAAAGAAAAAAAAAACUUGAACAGGAAACAGUGAUUUUACACAAAAAGUCCUUUAAAAACUCAAACUCAUUGAGUCAUAAUGAACCCAUUUCCAAGUUCUGUGAUUUGAAGCACACUUAAGCAUACGGUAAGUGUAGGGAGAAGGCAAAUAGGACUCUGAGGACCUUGAUACCUUAUUUUCUGUCUGGUUGUGGGACAAUGCCAGUGUAAAAUAUCUCAUUGUUACAUUGUUAUCCCUCAAGUGACUUUCUAAGGUACAAAAUCAUUGGUGUAAAAAAAAAAGAAAAAAGAGGAAAGGAAAAAAAAAAAAAGCAACCCUUGUCCAUUGUAACCUUGUACAAAUCAACGAUGAUCAUGGGUAAGGGUCAUGAUUUUGGGUAUGCAUGUGAUGUGUGUGAUGUAGUACUGAUAUCUUUGCAAAGAGGAGAACUAGAGGAUGUUUUGAAGAUGCAAAGUGGGAAAUUUUGCCAUAAAACAGUACUUUUCUAACCCAAGCAGGAGAAGAAAUGUUUCAUUAAACAUUUUAUUAUUAUUAUUAUUAUUAUUAUUAACAUGCUCAUUUUUCCUUUGUUUCUGCUUUUAUUUCUCAUCCUUUUCUCUUCCAGUGUCUUUCAAGUGCUAACUUGCUUUAAUAUUCAUAUUCUGAUUGAGCUCUGCCAUGUAUAAACUGAUUCAUCUGAAAAGCAUCCAUCUAUUACAAAUGGAAAACAAGACAUUCUACAUUAAAUUCCAGAUUCCCCUUUCAGUUUUGACUUCUUAAGUCAUUUGCUACACACAUGCCUCAAAUAUGGAGCAACUGUGAGCAAAGCAAUGUGUUGUCUGAAGGAGCGCUGAAAUAUGAUUUGCGGAAGACAAAUUCAUUGUGAAUGAGUGUAUAUUUCAUGUUGUCACAGUCAACUGUGUCAAACAAUAAAUAUGUUUACAUAUUUUAUUACAUCAUAGAUGUGGUACUUUGUAGCUCAUUAUUGUACAUAACAGUUGAUUUCAGAUUAAAUUUUCAUACUCUGUACUAAUUGAACAAACAUCUAGUUUACUGUAGCUCAUAUAGUGUCCAAAUGUCCAAAUGUCUGAGCCCACAUUGAAAAUCUAACAUUCAAAACGUAAUAUAAGUACGAUAUGAUGUAACAGUGAAGAAGAAAUAGUUAAGGUUCUGCAUUAAUUUCUAAGUUGCUAAUUAAUGAGCUACUUUGUCCAAUUCCAAAUCCGACAAAGGGUCCGAUUUUCUUGCUUCUAUUGAUGUACACAAAUUAUGCUGGAUAACAUGGAUGAGCUGGUCAAACUUGUGGAGUCCAUGCUGUUAUCAGUAAAGCAAAAGGGGGACAUACCAAAAGCUAAGACAAGUAACUCUUGUCAACUCUUGACUAAUUCUAACGUUUUUACUCAAAUUACCUAUGAUGUAUUUUAUGACAAAAAAAAACAAACAGAUGCAGCACAGAUGCAUUUUAACUCUGUGGUCUCAGGGGUUUGGACCCCACGCUAUAUGCAUAAAGUGUUAUGAAAAUGAUAUUCUGUCUUGAUGGUGUUACUGAGUCAGAUGUGUGAGAAGACGUCAACUGGUAGAAAACACCCUCCGCAUAAUCAAGGCUCCAUGUUACUGGUUAUUUUACAACUGGUUCUUGUAUUUAUUUAAACAAGAUUACAAGAGCUCAUAUAAUAAAGGUGGAUGAUAGAUUGGAUUCAUACUGCCACCACAUUUCCGGAGUUCAUUAUUGUUGGUUGUUUGUUUGUUUGUUUGUUUGUUUUUGUUUUUGUCUGUGUCUCAUUCUGUGUAUUUAUUAUGUUCACCAUGUUGCACUGUGUUGUGAAAUUAUUACCAUUCAUGUUGGCAAUUGUUGGAAUUCCUCAUCUUUUGCUCAUGUAUAUUCAUUCUUUGUUUUUUCAUCACAUCACAGCACUAAGAUUUGUCUGCAGUCAUUUUGAUUUUGUAUUUUUUCAGUUCAUCAGUUAUUGUUUUCACUCUUGAUAGCUAUAUCCAGCAAUAAAAUGUUCCCAGUUGUUUUCAA